CAAAAAGUACUGCACUUAGAAUCGAUAUUUAUCGAACAAGCAAUUGAUUCGUCAGUCAGAUCGUUCGAAAUGUUGAAUCGAUAAUUGUUUAAAGCAGUUCGAGAUAAAUUUGAUGCGUUGUAAAUUUCACAACGUAAUGACAGUGUUUGUAAUUUUUAAAUUUGCAAAUACAGUUUUCAAUAUCAGUAAUUGAAUAUUUUCAAUGAUAUAAAUAGUAAUGGUGGCAGUACCAAUAGUGGUGGUUGUGAAACCCUUAUUACUCGCGACGCUUCCGUGUUACAACGUCUUACCCAGGAUUGACCCUGUAACAUACAUAAAGGACGUUGCUGAGAGUAGUCUACAGAAAGGGCGUGGAACUCGCAAUCGAAAAGAAACAGGUUUCUAUUCGCAGGCUUCAACUUGUCGGCCAUCGACUUCGUGGUCGAUACAUACUCUGGCGAUUUGGUUCAACGACUUUCCUUCGUAUACAAAACAUAGCGCCACAAAUACUGUAAUACAAAAAGAUAAGUUAGAAGAAAUAUUAUUUACAUAUUGUAGAGUUCUAACACAAAACCGUAUAAUACAUAUAAAGGGAUAUCGCAGAGUAAGGAAAGAAACAAAAAUGCAGUGCAAAUCAUUUUAUUUCCAAAAAAAGUUGUCGUUCGUGUCAGAGCUAACGAAGAAGGGAAAGAAAAAACAAGAAAUAAUGGUACGAUCGCAUUGGAUGUGCACAUUAGGCGUGGCACGAAAAGAGCAGCGAUACAACAGGCAUAAAAAGGGCGCGGGAGAAUAGAGGAAGGAUGACCUUGAAAAGUAGGGUUGUCCAACGAGCGGGAAUAACGUGCGCAUAGAUGCGUAAAUUAUGCGUCACUUUCUAAACGAACUAGGAACACGUGACUGGUUGAUGAAAUAGGGGACUCGGCGUUAGUUUUCCCAAAAUCUAACGAAAGUCGGAAAAAGAAGAAUGCGUGUGUGUUGCGCGCAGUAGGCCUGGUGGAUGCACUUUUGGGAAAUCAUGCAUAUACGUGGCAACAUCGCACUGCGGGUUCACAUUCCACGUGAUCAGGACCGGUUUGCGGGUGUCGACCUACUGACACUCGUCUACCAUAGAUAAACCUUAGCCCUGUAUGUGGAAUAUACCAUAUAUGUAUGUUUUUUUUAACUGCAACAUUGGGAACGUCGUUGCCACUGAUUUACAGUUUAGCAUAACGAAGUUUUCCUCCGGCUGUAGGAACGUUAUCGGAAAAUGAUGUCGAGCAAGAGAAAAUACGAAGUCUAACAUUCACAUUACCACUUUGGAUAAUUCGUAUAAAAAAAGUUCCGCCAUCCGAUGAUAUAUUGCAAGGCCAUUGACCGAGGAGACCCCCGAUCGAUGAUCAGCUACCUGCUGAUACAUUGUUGACCGUACAAUGGCAAAAGCAUCCUUAGCCCGAUGGGAAUCCUCGAGCGUCAAGUGCAAUUAUUCCGUGUAACCGAAUUCACUAUAUUCACGUAGUUGGAUCUGCUUUGCCUGUGGUUAAGCUGUUCAUUGUAACUACCGGGUGCAACGCCCCACUCACCUGUGAUAUUUGGAUCAACGCUCAUUUCUGUAUCCUUUCCUACGAACGCAACCAAUUGCUUCAGCAAUAGAUCAAUGAUCAGUUUUGUAAAUAGUUGUGUAUUUAUGAAUCUAACCAGUAUCGCUAUAAAUCUACUCUCGUAAAGUGAUUGAUUAUUUAAAUUGAUAAGAUACUCAAAACGUUGCCUAUAAAUAUUUUUUGGAUCGAACUUUUGCUCA